UAUCCAAAUCGGUUUAAGUCGUCUAUGAAACUGCUUAAAGCUCACAAGCUGCGUAGCUACCGGUGUAGCAUUGAUACUUUGCACGGUUUGCUUAUUCGUUCGUUUCAUAUUGUUUGUCACGUUGUGCGAUUGAGUGGAAAGAAAAGAAGUAGUUUUAAUUAUGGGAAAGUUUGCUACAGUGUUUUUGAUAGAGCUUCUCUUCAUUGUGGGGAUUGUCCUCGGAGAUCGUUUUCACGGAUACGAGUCUUACAAAAAGUUCUACAAUUAUCGCGUUAAUGGUGGGCGACUAAAACAUCCAACGACCGCUUCCUAUCAAGUGACGAAAGAAUCAUAUUAUGAUCCUAACGACAUGAAAGAAAAAGUAAAAUCGCGCUUUGAAGAAGGAUGGCAAGUAAGAAAUGGCGGUAACCAUACAGAGGUAACACGUUGUGAUUACACAAAACAAACUUUCUGCGAGGAUGUUCCGGAUUAUCCUCAAGAAUUUGUAAAUCAGAUGCUCGCCAAGAAUUCCAACUUAAUACAUUACGCGUACGAGGAUGUUAUUGCUCUGUCACCGCGAUUAGAUAACGAAGAGGAACCACUUUGCCUGUCUACGGAGCGAUUAAUUCGUCCAAAAACGGCUAUAAAUAUGAAAAAUCAAUGGAUGUACAUUGUCCAGGCAGGCGAAAAUUUUUUUCAAAGUAUACGCAUCGAAACUUGUAUAGAACAAGAUCGUAAGUGCAGAAUGAUCGACGAUUUUGCUGAAGGAUACGUCACGAUGUGCAAACAGAAGUAUAUUUAUCGCGAGCUGUCAGCCAUUUCUCAGGGUGGCGACAUCGUUCGCGAUUACUUCCGACUUCCUGCGAGCUGCUGUUGCCAUGUUCAUUUCCAAGCCAUUGAAGAAAAAGCGAGAAUAAGAUCGUUUUUAUAAGAUCUUCAGCCUUUACUUAUAUGAAAAAUGUAUAAGAAUAUAUUUAAGAAAAUAUUUAAGCACAUUUAAAUUUCUA